AUGGUUUCACCGCUAAGCAACACUUUUUCUGAAAGUGGGAAUCUGAUUGGUAGAAAUACCAACAGUUCACAUUUCGAUCCUACGCACAAACUACAAUUUCUCGAGGCUACGGCCAAAAACUCAAUUGUCAUCGCUACUAGUGAAUUCAACGGUGUGAACUUCAAAGACAAAAGCUUGAACAAGCACCUUCGAGAUCAGUAUCCUAACGGACUCGGUCUUCGUACAAGAAACAUUGGUCAAAAGCAGCACUUUAUCGAAAUUAAUUUUCGAACUUAUAAAGAACGUGAGCAGGCUUUAAACAAAGAGUUCAUCUUAUACGAUCGACGUGUUCAAAUGGAUCGUGCUUUUGAGAAAGACUCUACUAUUGUUAGAGUGGGCGUUUCCAACAUUCCUUUCGAGGAUGAGGAACUCUUGAAGCCACAACUGAUUGAAAUCUUCCAAGGCUACGGUGAGAUUUUAGAAAUUGGUCCCCGCCAUACUACAGAUGGCAACUGGUUUACAGGAAAAGGAUUCGUUACUUUGAAUCAGAAGAAAAAUGUCAGUUACAAGGCAUUAACACCUCAGAUCCUCGGCUGGGAUGACGACUAA